UCUUGUUCUUGUCGGUCGGCAAUAUUUAAAAUGGCAAUAUCCAACAUUUUUAAAAAUAAUAUUGAACCAUAAACUGAAGAUUCUUUUCUGUCAACUGUCAAUAGGCGAAAGUUGCUCCAACCAUGGGUCGUGUCAGGACUAAGACCGUCAAGAAGGCGGCUAAGAUCAUCAUUGAGAAAUACUACACUCGGUUGACUUUAGAUUUCGACACAAACAAGAGGAUAUGUGAGGAAAUUGCUAUCAUUCCAACUAAGCCUCUUCGCAAUAAGAUUGCUGGGUUCGCUACCCACUUGAUGAGGCGUCUGCGGCACUCGCAAGUCCGCGGUAUCUCUAUCAAGCUACAGGAAGAGGAGCGUGAGAGACGCGACAACUACGUGCCUGAGGUGUCCGCCCUAGAGCAUGACAUCAUUGAAGUGGACCCUGACACCAAGGACAUGUUGAAGAUGCUCGACUUCAACAACAUCAAUGGCCUCCAGCUGACGCAGCCUGCUACACAAGGAGGCUAUGGUGGCAGACGUAAUUAAGGAUAAUAAACUUAUAAAAAAUUA